AUACAGCUGAAGACUUCGCCUCCCCCAUUCCUUUCUAACUUCGCCUGCGUGCUCUCCCUACGCACGUCCCCUCCCAGACGUCCGAGCGAAUACCCUCGACUUGAUGAACGGAGUCUGGCACUGGGGUGCUCAAAAUGUAGGGGUACAUAAUCCCUUUCCCGUUACUUCAUCGGCCAGUCGCGCCGAGGAAUGUGGAGGGUCGUUGAUGGUUCAGCACCCUCAGCAACCGCGACAUGAUGCCCUCUCCCUUUGCGCUGAUGAUGCCGUACAAAUGGGUGAAUCGACAUGGAAUACGGUUGAUCGAGGGAAGCUUUUUAAUCUCGGAACCCUCGGAGGACCCCAUGGAUUUCAGGAUGUGCAAACUUUCCGCGGUUCCAAUGAAUCGUUUUCCCCAUUUUCCAAUUGGGCUCUGCCCUCCUCUCAGGGACUGUUCACCGGGGCCGUUCCGGGGCCCACAUGCACCUCAAUUGUACCAGACAUCGCUAAUGAAACCACGACGAACGUGGGGACGAUACCCCUCCCACUCCAUCGCACUGCACUCCAGCCUGGAGGGGGGGACAAUUGUGAAAGGAAGGACGGAAAUUGUCACACUUCUGGCAAGAUGGCACUAUUGUCAUAUUCAAACGAGUCGUGGCGUCAGGAAGUAAGAAUGCUAUCCACGUUUAUCUUCCAUGCAGCCAGCUUAACGCUUGUUGCCGUAUUCCAGCAACUGUGCGGAUGGGGCACGCCAACUAUGUCUGCGCUACGUACAGUGCGAAUACAGGUCCUAUUGACUGCGCCACUUCAAUCAUUUCUUCGUGAUCGUUGCUCAUCCUUCUAUACAAGCUGCUUCUAUUCCAUUCUAUAGCUACGGUCAUACAUUCCUCUGAUCCGCCACUACUGGUCAUCAUACACCCACGAAUAAAUAGAAAAUCCAAUCGUUCGGUUUCGGCUAAAAUAUUGGGCCCCAGUCAGACACUUCAACUCGUACAUCGCACCCAUCCCGCGGCUCUCAUUAUACCGUUGCAUCCGUUCCAGUGGACGGGUUUAAAUAAGAUGGGCCACGAGGUGCUUAGCUACAGCAAACGUCAAUGAUCCAGGCCCCGCCGGGGAUAACCACUCGUGUUAAUUUAUCACCAGUCCCUGUGAUGCGGA